AUGCUCAACUAUGAAUUUGUCGACUCCUACAUCGUCUUCGAGGAUCAGCUACGGAAAAAUCCCCCCUUUGUUCGCCGUGUGAAGCUGCCAACUCGAAGCAACGUACUUUCUGGCACGCCGCUCAUCGAUAAGCUUCGGGGGAAGACGUUGAAGACACCGGGCAUCAAAAGUAUUCAACGUGAAGUGCGGAUGGAUCAUCAUAUUCCGGCAUAUCUGGAUUGUCUAAACGAUGAAGAACUGGGCCGCUACGCAUUCACCACCAUUCAUGACUUUGCUGCAUUCCGUAAUUGGCGAGCGCACCGGCUUGCAAAACGCGACAAUCCAUACGCCUGCAACUUCAUGCGAUAUAAGCGGGCACCAAUUGUGAUUUUUGUUUGUAAGAAACCCCGGCCGGACGCCACGGGUGAACUUAGCGACAAUGAGAAGAGUAUGCUGCUGUAUGGCAAGAACCUCGAAAAGUACGCGUCGAUUGAUCCUAUGUUCGGCGCAAUCAACCUCAGUUGGGUCGCCUAUCACGCGCCAUUCAUCAAAACGUGCGUUGCGCUCCACGAUUACGGUGUCAUUAAAGAAGUCAAAACUUUGAACGUUCAAAAGCAAGAGACGAAGGAUAUAUUGCAAGCUGCCGACAGGGACUGGGAAUCGAUGGCGCGCCAAUUUUGGGAGAAAAUAUUUAAGUCUGGCAAUUUGAGCUCAUUCAUCGAUGUUGCGUCGGCCAUCCUUCGAAUGGACUGCAGAAUCUACGAGAUUAGCCGAUAUGGC